AUGGCUAACAAUCUGGUUAUCAGAGCUUUGAAAGCUAACUCAAAGUCGUUCAAUUUGAGCUCCAAGAAAAUGACCGAGGUUCCCAAAUCGGUUUCGAGAUUAACAAAUAUUUUAACCCUUCAUUUGAACAAUAACUCUCUUACUUCUCUGCCUAUGGAACUGCAGACGUUACGAAACUUGACAGAACUCAAUUUGGGAAAUAAUUCUCUGGAGGAGAUCCCAUCUGUUCUGAGGUACCUGAACACCUUGAAAAAACUUUAUUUGUUUGGAAACCACAUUACAAGAUUGCCACCUGAGGUGUUAGAAGGACUUGAUAACCUCACUCUCCUCAAUCUGAACCACAAUCACAUCACAGUCCUUCCACCAGAGAUUAAAAGUGUUUCUAACCUAGAAACCCUCAGCUUACUGGACAACCAGUUGGAGGAACUUCCUGUAGAAAUAUGUUUUCUCAACAAGAUGGUUGAGAUGAAUUUAACCAACAACAAGCUGUCCAGACUGCCUAAACAGAUAUACCGUUUGUCACAAUUGGUCAGAUUAUAUCUGGCCAGAAACAACCUCACAGAACUGCCAGAGGGUGUUAUUGGGCUGAUGAAGCUCAGAGUGCUGGACGUGGCUGGAAACCGUUUAUCCAUGUUUCCUGUCGACUUCCAGCUUAUGACCCUGAAUGAGCUGCUCUGCGAAGGAAACGCAUUCGUGAAGAAUAAGCUGAUGGAAUCUGUUCAAGCUGUGGAGGUGCUGUCAUUGAAGGAGCUGUCUGCUCGUCAGAUCCUGGUGGAGGACAAGAGUAGGUUGGGUGUGGUCCACAGGGCUCUGUCGCACCACCCUGGUCUGAGCCUGCUGCUGGCUGACUGGGGCAGGUGUUCCCUCUGCCUCCAACCCUUCCUCACCACCUGGCUGGAGUGUGUACGCUUCAUCAACCUCAGGAAGGACAUGAAGAUGAGCCGUCCUCAGACCGUCCCUGUACGCGUUCUCCUCUGUUCCUACAAGUGCUUCAAUAAGACCGGACAUUCAUACUAUGGUGUCGCAUCUGUAUGAAGAGGUACUUCUAUUAAAACAUGUGUUUGAUGUAAUUAUAAGGAAGUAGUCCCUGUUCUUUCGAUCCAGUAUGUAUUAGCUGCAUGUCCACCAGAUGGCAGCAGAGGACCAUAGUAAGAGACCAGACUCCUGACACAAUAAUAUAUAUAUAUAUAUAUUUUUUUUAUACCUUUAUUAUACCUUUAUUUAACUAGGCUCUAACCACUAGGCUACCCUGCCUAAUAUCACAAGGCCAAAACAAUGAACUAGGUUGGACAGAGAGCUAGGUUGGCCAGAGAGCUAGGUUGGCCAGAGAGCUAGGUUGGCCAGAGAGCUAGGUUGGACAGAGAGCUAGGUUGGCCAGAGAGCUAGGUUGGACAGAGAGCUAGGUUGGACAGAGAGCUAGGUUGGACAGAGAGCUAGGUUGGCCAGAGAGCUAGGUUGGACAGAGAGCUAGGUUG